CUCGUUUGGCAAUGGAUAACAAAGUGAAGUCGGUGGCAAGUCGCGUUAAAUUGAAGUCGACGCAAAUUUUCAUUGUGGCCGGAACGGUGUUAAUGGCCAUGGUCAUAUCGUUGAUUUGUAUAGGUCUGACAGUACGCUAUGAAGUGGAUACGGACACGGUAGAUGCUGGCAGUAUUGGAUAUUGGACAAUGAAUUUGCCACCGGAGCAAGAGGAAUGGUUUGCAAGGGGUGUGGAAGAUCUAAGGCUAACCUCGAAGGGUACUCAACGCUAUAAGGGGGAGGUGAAAAAUGUGAUUGUAUUUUUGGCGGAUGGUGUAACGACGGAAAUGUUGGCAAGAGCCCGCUUUGGGGAGGAUGGGAAUGUAACGGAUUAUCUGUGGGAUUCAUUUCCCCAUUUGGGGGUAUUGAAGAGUAGCUGUGGUUACACAGCCAAUUGUGAUAUCUUCUCCAUGGGCACCGCCCUAUUUGGUGGUGUCAAAACCCGUAUGGGUUUGGGAGGCCUCGAUAGACGUGUAGAGUUUCAAAAUUGUAGUCAAGCGAAUAUGGCAACAUAUCAUGUACAAAGUAUAAUGGAACAGGCUCAGGCCAAGCAGCUGCGGACUGGGUUUAUUACCACCAAACGUGUUACCAGUAAUCCAGUGGCAGCACUCUAUGCCCACACUGCCGACACGGACUGGGAAUGUGAUACCGCCAUGCCAAAAGAAAAACGUUUGUCUUCCGAUUGUCUGGAUGUUGCGGAACAGUUAAUGAACAGUGAAACGGGUCAACAACUCAACGUCAUUAUGGGUGGUGAUUGGAAAGCCACAAAAUUGGAAGAGAAUGUCAAAUUUAAAUUAUUGGAAACAACAAAAGAUCUGCUGAAAUUUAAUGGUACCUCGCGUGACUAUGUCUUGGGCAUCUUUGCCAAUGGCAAUGUUCGGGAGAAAAGUCCUGCAUUUAGCGAUAUGGUUUCAAAAGCCCUGAAUGUUUUGAGGAGACCUAACUCGGGUUAUGUUUUUGUGGCCGAAACUGAUAUACGAGGUAACGGUGUGGGAGAUUUUCGUGAAACACUGCUGGAAUUUAAUCGGACCAUAACGGAUACUUUGGAUAAUUCGAGAUUUUCACCCGAAUCCACGCUGGUGCUGGUGGCAUUUAUGGACUUUACACAAUCCUCCAACGAUCGUGUGUCUUCCGAAGACAUCUUACUUUUUGCCAAGGGACCCAACUCACAUCUAUUUCACAGUAUACACGAUGAAACCUAUAUGGCCCAUGUUAUCUCUUACUCCCUACAAAUGGGACCAUUUCAACCCCGAAAUUCAAAGAAAAAAGUUUAA